UAAAAAAAAUGCACCGAAAAUAACAUUGGGGCCAAAGCCAAAAGCCAAAAGCCGCGCCGUUCAAGAUUGCGGGCCAAGCGGGCCUCUUCUCCCUGAGAUUCUUCCCAUCACUGCCAUUUUCACUCUUCCUUUCCUUUUUUCUUCGAUAAUAAUAAUAAUAAUAAUAAUAAUAAUAAUAAUAAUAAUAGCAAUGGCGGAAUCCGAUGAAACACCACCAUCACCCCCAGCAGCUUACAUACACCCACGUAGAGAGCCAUUUGAACACGGCCUAUUACCCAUCCCUAAGCUCAUCUUCACCGACUGUACACAAACGCUAGCUCCCAUUAAGGACAAGUUAUUGUCCUCCCUUUCAUCCACUAACCGUGUCAACACGGAAGCCAUUUCCGGGUCCCUUCAGAUCUCACUUGAACACGCUCGCCUUGUCCUUGAAACCAUUGCCUGUGUUCUUCACUCAGACACUGACCCUCUUGUUACUGCUAAACCCUCAGAGAUUGGGUCUGUUGGUGUUAAUGUCUUUGAUGUGCUUGUGUUUUUGUAUAUUCAGAGUUAUAAGAGGUUGCUUCCUAAAGGACAUAAGGAUUCUGCUGCUGUUGCUGAUGUUUGGCCCUCCACUUCUGCUUUCGAUGGUUUCUUGUCUGCAUUGUCGCCAUUGCAGCUUGUUCGUAGCAAUAGUCGACGAAAUAUGCCAUCACAGUCUGAUGAAGAGGCUCAUCAGUUAUCCUAUUUACAAAAGCACUUGGGGAACAUUCUGUCUCUGUUGUCGGAGUCAGUGGAAGGAGACAGCGAUGAAUCACUGGUUUGUCAAUUUCAAACUUCAUGUUUGUCACACCCCUCUUGGACGGUGAUACUCGGGCCAGCUUGUGCGCACCUCGACUAUUCCACCGGCAACCUGCUACCUCCGAUCAGUCGGGUUCUGUCUGCGGAGAAAUUUGACCAUCUUGGCUUUCUAUUCUAUUUUGGUGAAAAGGGAUCUGAGAGAAUCCCGUUGAGUCAGAAUGCCCCAUUUUUUGCCAGUUCAGAUCCAAACAUGCCAGCUGUUCCUGUUCCUGCAGCUCAAGUACAUGAUUGGCUACUACAAAAUAUAGCGUCUGCGUUGGAACGCAUAACUGAGAGGGCUUCUGCAAAGGAAAAUGGACCAACCAGUGCCACCGAUCAGGAUGUGCCAAUGGCUGAUGUCUCUGCAAGUUCAGUAAAGAGUUCAUUGAGUCCUAGAGGCCCAAAUUUCAUUGAGGGAGUCUCUAAAACAUCAUAUGUACGGAAGCCCAAUGAUCUUAAAGGCUCUUCUAUGAAGGUAGUCAAUUGCCAUGAAUCAGUCCUUUACAUUUUAGCACCUCUGAAAUAUGCUACAGUAUAUGGAUGCUCUGAUGCAACCAUUGUCCUGGGAGCUGUUGGCAAGGCGGUAAGAGUUGAGCACUGUGAACGCGUGCAUGUAAUAGCAGCGGCCAAACGUAUCUGUAUCGCCAACUGUCGUGAAUGUGUUUUUUUCCUGGGAGUGAAUCAAACACCACUUCUUGUUGGUGAUAACCAUAAAUUGCAGGUUGCUCCAUACAAUACUUUUUACCCACAACUGGAGGAGCACCUGAAUGGAGUUGGUAUCGACCCAGCCAUCAACAAAUGGGAUGAACCCGUGGCUCUUGGCGUUGUUGAUCCCCAUGAUUCACUCUCACAUCCUGCAGGUGUCUCUGAUGUUCAGACUGAGUCUGCCAGCCGUCUAGACCCUGAUCAGUUCACGAACUUUCUGAUCCCGAACUGGUCUGAAGGUGAGCAAUCUGGGUCAACAAAAGACAAUCCAUUCCCUUUACCUGAUGCUUACAUGCACAAGAACUUGGAGGAUCUUAAGCAGAUUUUGCAGGAAGCUGAGCUUGAAGAGAGCCGGAAAAAGGAAUUAACAACAGCUCUUCAUGCGUGCUUUAAAGACUGGUUAUAUGCUACAGGAAAUAUUCGACAAUUGUACUUUCUUCAAAAUGAGUAGAGUUCUACACAGAUUGUAAAGCAGUAUUGCAAGGAGUAGCAGAAACACUUGACUUUCCCUGUAGAUUUCAGUUUCAGCCAUGCAAGUCCCUCUUUUGCCAUUUCUUUUGGAGGCAGCUGAGAGUUCUAUUGCCUGUGCAGCUAUGAGCAAGUUCACACUGUUGUGCAGAUUUUAUUUAGAAUGGCUUCCGUAUUGUAUUUCUUUCAAGCAAAAUGCAUUCUCAUGUACUAAUAUGGUAGCUUGUAUUUAGGUUCUCUAUUUUCCCCCACGUACUAGGUUCUGAAAUUUAGCAUUCUAUUUUAGCAUUUGUUUGCUAUGGCUGUUGGGUUCCUGUAUACAAAUAAGAGAUGCUGAAGAGAAGCCAGUAUUUUGUAGAACUGGUUGCAUUGGCCCUUAAAGAACCUGCAUUUGUUCCCCUGAGAGGCUUGGUCUUAGUUAUAGAGUUUACAUACUUGACUGUUA